CAGGUGGCUCUAAAGGAUAUCGCCACUUUCUUCUUUCUUUUUUUCUUCAAACCUUCAACUGAUAGUGGAGCUUCUUCAGUAUAUGAAUUUAUCAAUCAAUUUGCUUCUGUUUUUCUCUCACUCAAUUCAUUUCUUUACCUUUGGAACUGUCUUUUGUUUGAAUCUUUCAAGUUUAUGAGAAUUGGAGUUUGGUUUUGUUGAAUUCAUCUUACUUCUCAUCUGGGUUUCAUUUGAGAACAGUUUUUUUGUGGAUUGGAAUUUUGUCCAACGGUUUAGAGACAUUAUGAGUUUGCUUUACAGUACGAAUUUCAAAUUCUCCAACGACGAAAUGAAGAAAUACCCUGAUUUUAUGGAUUGUGAUUCGACCAACAACCAUCAUUCUCAACAAGAACACAACAAUUCUGGUGGUCUUAUGCGUUAUUGCUCUGCUCCGACCUCUCUGUUUGCGAGUCUCGUCGAUGGAACUGAAGGUUUUAAUUCCAGCAACAAUGGCGGUGGGACCCGUGAGGAUUAUCGGUUUAUUCGAUCUUCUAGCCCUGAGGUCGAAGUUAUUUUGUCGAGGUUUAUGGCGUCGUGUAAUGGAAAAUUUGAUUCGGGAUCUGGUGAGAGGACGGUGAAGGAAGAAACAGGGGAACCGGUUCAACAACAAAACGGGUUCUGUAAUCAACCAUCUUCAAUGGUUAAUACGAGGUCGGUUGAUGCUGGUGGUAGAGCUCCGGUUGGGAACUCGUAUGGUGUUAUGAAUUCUUCGGAUUUUGAUAACUCGAUGCAAUCGCAAUUGGGUGCGAGAAAUUGUUCUAAUCUUUUUAGGCAAAGCAGCUCUCCUGCUGGAUUUUUCUCUCAUUUGAUUGCUGAAAAUGGCAAUACAACAAGGGAGGUCGACAAGUUUGGGACUUGCAAUAGGAAAGAUGUAGAUGCUGCUUAUCCAUCUACUCGGAUUGGUAGUCAGAUGAACUUAUCCGGCCAUUCAUUUGGCUCAAACCAUAUGCCACCAAUCGCGGAAGAGGAGAAUAAAAGCAUAGGCAUUGUCGGUAGCUCCCGCCAUCGUCAGAAAGCUAACAGCGGUGAUCGACUUCAGACCGACGAUUUCCUCAAUAGUUCUUGGGAUAACUCUGCAAUGAGGGACACAAAGAGAGGGAGAGAUAACAAUGGGCGUGCAUUUGCAACUUCGAUUGUGCUUGAAACUCAGCAGAAUGCUGAUUCUGGGAAUAACAUUCGUGGAUUGGCUCAUCAUUUGAGUUUACCUAUAAGUUUCAAUAAGGAUCCGGUAGAGAAAUUUUUACGAUUUCAAGAGCCUGUCCCUCAUCAAAUUCGAGCAAAAAGAGGAUGUGCCACACACCCGCGAAGCAUUGCAGAGCGGAUGAGAAGAACACGGAUUAGUGAGAGAAUAAAAAAACUGCAAGAGCUUUUUCCUGACAUGGACAAGCAGACAAGCACAGCUGAUAUGUUAGAGUUGGCCGUUGAAUACAUUAAAGGGCUGCAGAGACAGGUCAAGACUCUCACAGAUACGAAAGCGAAAUGCACUUGCUCAUGUUCGAGUCAAUAACAAGAAGCCAUAAAGAAAGCAACACCUAUCUUUUAGUUUGAUUUUGAUCUGUACAGAAAGCAGGCAACACCUAUCUUUUAAGCUCUAAGGAAGAAAGAUACAAGAAAGAACAAUACAACGUUGUCUACUUUGUUUAAAAGUCAUAGGAUUUUAGGAAAUUGUCUGUGUAAUAGAAACUCUUGUAAGUUAAAAUAGUUCAAUGUAAGAUCCAAAUCAUGGGUCAUUCACUCAACAAAAUCCAAUUGAAUAGUUCGCUUUCUGGCA